UUCAUCUAAAACAAAUCAAAAUUGAAUUUGAAUAAAUUAACAUAAUAUUUCCAUUGAAUUGACAUGAGAGAGUUGACUGACUGUCCGUCCCACCUUUCAUCGUACUUUAAUGGCUUUGCGCAAGGGAAUAAGUCCCUAAAUUUUGAAACCUCUUGUUGACAUUAAUUAUUUGGUAGUUUUUCUCCUGUAGAAUAUUAUGUAAGAUAAUUAGAGAUAAUGAUGCGUUGAGAAACAGUGAAUAUGCACAAUUCACAGACGAUCCCCGAGAUUUCAUGUGGAUUAUAUUUUUAUAUAAAGUUAUUGUAGAAAAAUGCUUUUUGUGGAGAAUUUGUUAAACAAUUUCGCUCUCCAGAUUAUUUCUGUUGAAGCUGUCAAUCCUUAGCUGGGUAAUUUUUGUCUGUCUGUCUGGACUGAAAUAAUACCGCACAUUUCGUGUCUAUUUUACCUGGACGGACCUUCUUUUAAAUUAGAUAACGUUUGCGCAAUAUUCAAAAUUAUUACUCAGAACCUGAAUUAAGUUUUGUAUCAUGAAUUGCUUGACAUCACGUAAGUUGCAUGCACAAUAAAUCGGCUGUUUCUCCAACGAAUUCAUGAAUAUGAUGACGAAAAUUUCACUUUUUACAGUUUUAAUUUCCGACUGCAGCGGAAGUUUUUGCAGAGUCAAUGAAGAAAAAUAUCGGCAUCGUAAAUUGUCAAUUUACAUUUCGUAAUUACGUAACCGAUAAUCGACAUGAGCGCAUCCCUUCCAAUGCCAAGAUCGAUGUGGAGAUGGUAAUGGUAUAAAAUCGAGGGAUAACGAAGUUGGGAAGGGAUUUGAAAAAUUCUGUUAGAAGGUUUUUUGAGGAAUCAGAAGAGUUCAUCAUUCGAAAUUUUUUUUUCUAAGACAGUUAUUGUCAUGAUGCUGUCCGACAAGUGGAGGGUGGUUUUUAUUCUGGCUGUGGUGAUUCGUGAUAGUUUGGGGGAAGGACUGGGCCUUAUCAAUAAUGUAACUGGUGAAAUCUUCAAGUACACCCGGGGCGGAGAUGUUCGAAUGGCGGAGAGGAUGAGAAUAAUUGUUUACAAGGGAAAAAAAAUUGAAUCAGCUUCAGUUGCAGUGAUUCCGAUAACGUCAAUCGCAGCAAUUUACCAGCAGAUCGAUCACUCAAUGCCACUGGUCAUUUAUGUUCACGGAUUUCGGGAGCAUCCAUCGAACAGGAGUAUCCGGACUGUCGUCGGAGCAUAUUUAGAGCGUGGAACAGACAAUAUAAUGCUCCUUGACUGGAGUCGUUUGGCAUCGGGUAAUUAUGUGACAGUUAGACGUCGAGUCAGUGGUGUUGCGGAAGUCCUGGCUAAGACAUUUGAUGGACUCGUUGGUCUUGGCUUAAACCUCGAAACAUUCCACUUCGUGGGGCACUCCUUAGGGGCACAAAUAGGGGGGUUCUUCGGGAGAUACAGUAAAUAUUCGAUUCCCAGGAUGACAGGACUUGAUCCGGCGAAUCCUGGAUUUUACUACACGGGAUCGAGACACAUUAACGCGAAUAGUGCAAGAUUUGUGGAUAUAACUCACACAGACGGCGGUUUCUACGGGGCUCGAGAAGACACUGGUACUGUUGAUUUCUAUCCCAAUGGAGGGUCUAGACCACAACCUGGUUGUAACUUCUUGGGAGUUCCUGUCACACCAUCAGAUUUGUGUAAUCAUUGGAGGUCGUGGGAAUAUUAUUCUGAAACAAUUAAAUACGAAUACGCUUUUGUUGCUACCCAGUGUCCAUCACUUUCGCAGUACAAAUCAGGAAAAUGUGAUAUAAAUCGAAAAGUUUUUUACGGAUAUUCUGUACCUAGAGAUGUGCGGGGAAGCUACUACUUCGUUACAAACUCAAAAGCUCCAUUCGGCAACAGAGUUGGAUACAUCAACUCCACCAUCCUGAACACAGUGUAGCCGGCGUAGGAUAGAGAAUCAAAGACUGGAACUAUUACAAUUCUGUACAAAUUAUCCACUGUGUUUACUAUAUCAAUUUCGUUGGCAUAAAGCGAAAUAUCGUCCUGACAUCAAAACAAAUUUC